UGCGAGUUAGUGGUAGUGAACGUUUUAUUCAAGUAGUAACCAAGUUGGUGAAUUUAUAAUUGGUGAAUAUAUUCUUUUAGAAAUCGUUUCUGGACUCAAGUAUAAGCUUUUCUUAAAUUUCGUUGAAGUCAAAAUUGAUAAGCAACAUUUAAAUAAUUUAUUUAGUUAUUCAUUUGAAGUUUAAUCUGAAUGUUGACACGUGGAUGCGAAAUUUCCAUUCGUACACCGGCGGACCAGCCAUCUAAUAUUCUGCCUGUGAGACCGUUCGACCGUUCCAAGUCCUUUGGCGCGUUUUAAAAUGCGCGGCCAGAGCAAGAAGGCACAGAGGGAGCCGGAAAACAACGAAAAGAGCUCUGCUGAAAUUACCAAUAAGAAACCGAAAGGAGUUCCUCACACGCUUGACACGCUCCGAGAAAGAGAUGCCACGACGGUUUUAGCGGAAGACGAAGAGGUUCUACAGGAUGAAGAGACCGAUGAAUUAUCCCCAUAUUUUAGCCGGGAUUCCACGCCGAAACUAUUGGUUACCACUUCCGAUAAGGCCAGGAAAAGAACCAUUGCCUUAGCAAGGGAGAUUGCUAGCGUAAUCCCAAACGCUGAAUAUCGAUCUCGAAGGAGGUUUGCUCUCAAAAAGAUUAUCCCUGAAUGUGUGCAACACGGUGUAACCGAUUUAAUGGUGAUAAACGAAAACCGUAAUUUACCGGAUGCCUUAACUUUGUGCCAUCUUCCCAAUGGGCCUACAGCUGUUUUUAAACUUCGAAGUGUAAAACUGAUGAAAGAAAUCAAAAAUGUGGGCGAAAUGACCGAACACUGGCCGGAAGUGAUCACCACUAAUUUCACGACACGCCUUGGCCAUGGCGUCGCUCGUAUGUUUUCCGCUUUGUUCCCUCACGAUCCCAAUUUCCACGGACGUCGCGCAGUGACGUUCCACAACCAGCGGGAUUUUAUAUUCUUUCGCAACCACAGAUACAUUUUUCGUAAUUCGGGGCGAGCAGGACUGCAAGAACUUGGACCAAAAUUUACUCUCAAGUUACGGGCGCUGCAGAAGGGAACGUUUGAUAGUGAACAAGGAGAAUAUAUCUGGAUUCACAAGCAACUUGAAAUGAACAAGAGCAAAAGAAAAUUUUUCCUUUAACUCCUAAAUGUGAAUUAAGGAGCUUGUUUGAGCAAAGAAUGAAAUGUUCGAUUCGUACGACUUCUGCUGCAACAGAAAAAAUUGCAAAAAGAAGAAUUUGGCGUUUCGCCAUAAUGUAA